AUGGUGAUGAGCGACGCCAACGCAUCUGCGCCGGCGUCCGCCGCCGCGUCGGCGGCGGGCGCGCCGUCCAGUGCGCCCGAUGCGCGCUCGCGCGAGCAGGCCAAGCAGUGGAAGAAAGAGCGUAAGCUGCAGGCGCAAAAGAAAAAAGAGCAGCCCCCCGCACCGACCGAGGUGUCUUUGUCGAAACCCAAGCGCCCCCCCCGCGACGCGUCGCCCGAGGUGCAGCUCUCUAAAGCGCUGUCCUACUUGCUGCGCCACGGCGCCGAGAAAGAGUUUCUGUCUAUCCGCCCUGACGGCUUCAUUCGAGUCGAUGCGCUGCUUGCGCGUCCCAAAGUCCAAAAAAUCGAGAUGCCCGACGGCGCCGAGACGCGCCCCCCCACGCUCGCGGAUAUCCAGGCGAUUACCGCCUCGAGCGACAAGCAGCGCUUUGAGCUGAGUGGUGGCACGGCCGAUGCGCCCGGCGCCGGCGACGUGUACUGGAUGCGGGCCGUGCAAGGCCACUCGCUUUCGAGCGUGACGCAGCUCGAGCAUGUCGAUCUGACCCCCGCCAACGUGCACGAGCACCUUGCCGAGCGCGGCGGCAAGUACUAUGCGAUCCACGGCACGAACAAUAUGGCAUGGGACUUGAUUCUUGCGAGCCAAGCGCUGAAACCGAUGGGCCGCAACCACAUCCACCUCGCCAAAGGCCUGCCUGGCGCGUCGGGCGUGAUUAGUGGCAUGCGUACGUCGUGCACGCGCCAUAUCUAUGUCGACGUGUCAAAAGCGCUGCGCGACGGCGUCCCCUUUUCCGUGUCGUCCAACGGCGUGGUGCUCACCCCCGGCGUGGACGGUGCGCUGCCAUUGGCGUACGUGGACUGUGUCGAGGAUGCGCACAGUGUGCAGAUAUGGCCCUAG